CAAAUUUGCUGCCGGGAUGGGGCUCGUGGGUGGGCGCGGGCGUGAAGCAGCCCAAAAAAAAGAAAGAUUCAGCAGCAGCAGCUGCUGCAGCAGCAGCAGCUGCAGCAGCAGCAGCAGCCAAGAAAACGAAGCCCCUUGUCAUUAUUAACACCAAAGACGAUAAGAAGAGCAGCAAAUACUUCGUGUCUCAGCUGCCCAAGUACAUGAGCCCCGAAGAAUAUGCAGCACAAGUGAAGCAGCCUGUGGGGCCCGAGUGGAAUUCUGCUGCUGCUCACCGCCGGCUAAUAGCCCCCCGAGUGGAUGUGAGGGUAGGGGCUGUGGUGCCGCCUUUGCAAUCCGCCAAGCUGCUGCAUCCAGAAGCUCGGGAGGAGCUUUUGAAUUUGUGGGCCCUCAAAGGCAGCAAAAAGAAACGCUCACAAGUUCGUCUUUGA